CGAACCGUCAUGGCCUCAACCGUUUCUUAUCAUUGGCGGCCCCGCAGUGCAGUGUGUGUGCACGCUCGUGUGUGUGUGUGCGUGUGACAAAAUAUUUCGUGUUAGCGGAGAGAAAAAUAAAAACGACAAUAAUAAUAAUAUUAUAAUAACGAAAAUAAUACGUCUGCCGCCGAAUUUACAGAGACACGUCGCACACCGCCACCGCAGUGGUCGUCCAUCGUUUUAUAUAGACCGUACUGGGUACCUAUUGGUGUUUGUUAUAGAAAUCCUUUUUUCCUCUCUUUCCAGUUCCCGUCUUUUGAGAAAUUAGCGCUGCACGAAAUAUGGUGUCGUUGUCAUUGUUUGCCCGCCGGUUCACCAGUCCUCGUCGUCGACAUUAAACUUGUCGCCGCUGUCCGUUUGGUGUUUUUUUUAUUCGCCAUCAGGACUCUCCACACCCAAUCACGGAAUGAUCAUAUAGCAGCUGAAGCAGCUUAUGUAGAUUUUUUGAAGAGUUAUGUUAAACAGUUUGAGAGAUGGUCAAAUAAAUUAUGGAACUACUAAUUGCCAGUCUGCCCAUGUUCCACCUCAUAAUGUCGUCGCUCCAAUACAUCAAAAUUCUCUUAUAUCGACCGAAUCCACUACACCUGUCUAUCAGUGGAAUGCAAACCAUCGGCUUGAACAUUUAUAUGGCUUUCAUUCCAGAUAUUAUAAUCUCGACUUUCCUACUCCAUACCCGCCAGCUACUAAUCAAUAUGUACCUGCAAAUGUGUACGGACAGAGUUUGCCGCAAUGCUGUCAACCGUGUUGUCGGCUCAGGACUCAAAACAUACCAAAAGUAUCCCCACCACAAGUGUUAUAUAACACAAGACCAGUGCAACAAUUGAAUCGAUCUUAUAAAUCAAAAAAGACUUUAAAAACUCCGUGCUCCGAACAGUUCCUACCAUACAUUCCAAAUGAUUUACCAGUUAAAUACGAUACACAAAAUUGCUAUCAACAAAAAUAUAAUAGUUCAUAUUUAAACAAUACAAAUUAUUGCCCUCCAGCUAAUAACUUGUGGAUUCCGCCCGCAGCCAAUCCUAACUGGUCUACUGACAAACUACGACCGAUCAGUCGGCAUACUAGCAUGGUGUCGCAUGAUUUCAGUAGGGAAAAAAAUUAUCAAAGAUUACCAAACUAUCAAACUAACCCUUAUUUAAAACCUACAAGUGCUACACAUCAUUUACCUUAUAAUUACAUUCCACCUAUACCUGAUGUACACGACUAUCGACCUCCUAUCUAUCAUAAUCCAUUAAAAAACAACACGACUGAGUAUGUAUCGCACGAUCAUAGUUCUAGAUUGCCUAUUUCAUCUCAAAAUAUUCAAAAUAUGUCUUCAUUACAACAGUACUAUAACACUCAACCAGUGCCUUAUUCAGAUAUACAAAUACCAAAUAGUGAAUCAUUUAAACCAUCUCAAAUUGCGCCAAAAAAUAACUCGAAGAGUAAUUUAAACGUGCGUGAGUUUUUGGCUACAUGGGACGAAGGAGAAGAAGAAAUUGGCGAAAAAUCUUCUGAAACAACAGAGCCCAUAGUGGUACUCGAUUGUAUGACACUUGAUGGAGAUGCAUUGACUAAAAUUCAAGAAAAACUAAAUGUUGUGUCUUACGAAAAUUUAGAAAAAGUACUUAAAGAAAAUCAAAACCCAUUAGUUAUAACUACAGAACCAAAUGAUAUUAAUUCUUUUAACAAUAAGCCCAAAUUACCAUUGAAAUCUAAUUUUGAACCCCUAGAUUACACCAAACGGGAAACUGGUAUCAUCAAACCAUUUAUUAAUGAGAAUAAAACAUCAUCUGAAUCAAAUAUCCAGCCUGAAAAAAGUUAUAGCGUUAAUUUUGAUGGAAUGGUUGCUUGGUACGGUAAAAAAAAUACAAACAUUUCAUCUACAGAUCUCAUUGAAAGAUUAGCUGACAGGAUUUUUAACCUAAGUAAAUCGCAAGAAAAUGAGGGCGUAUCGUUUGGAACAGCAGCUUAUACAGGACAAAUAACUCAAACUAAUCGAUCCAUCGAGAGUUCUGAUAAAAAUACGCCAAAAUAUGUUCAAGGUCCACAAAUGUUUGAUUUACAGCACCAUGUAGACAAAUGUAUUGAACCUCCUAUGAUAAAUAAAAUCAGUUCUAAUAAGGAAACAAUUCCUAGAGUUAAUUCUUUUGUUUUAAAUGAAAGUAACAAAUCAUCAAAUAUUAAAUCAAAUAACGCAAGCUCCUCGUGUAUUGUGGAAAAUAUAACAAAAAGGUGUUUAAAUGUUGCUACUGAAGAUACUACACCAUGGAAUUUAGACCAUGGUGUCCAAGAACAACAUUUAAACACGUCUUUGUAUGACCAUAGUGUUAUUAUGAAACCUCUUGAUUUUUCUUCGCUUACCGAUGAAACUAAAGGCAAUCCUUUUAUGUUUGAAAAAAUUACGUCAAAUGAUAUCAAACCAAAUGACGGCAUCAAUAAUCAAUGCAAUAAAGUAUUUAAUGAAAACAAUAAUUAUAACUCUACAGUUUCUAAUAACCAACAUUCAAUACAACAAAUAGAUACGGGUAAUAGGAAUUUUCCAGUUAUAGUCUCGCCACAUAGACAAGAAUACAAUGGAUUUCAUGAAAGCGUCAUACAGAGGACUGGCUGCGAUAAAAAUAAACACGAUAAAGUAUCAACACAAACUGAUUUUGAAAGCAUAAAUUGGAACUUAUCAAAUGAUCUCGAUAAAAUUAUGAAAAACACAAAUAUAGUUAUGGAACCGUCUUGUUUACAUGACAGAAAUAAUUAUAAUAUUUUAGAUGGUACGAACUCGGACAAAAAUGUUUCUACUCGGUGGAAGGAUAAUGUGCCGUGUGUGGACUUAGAAAAUUGUAAAACCAAUCCUCAUCAUGAUUCCUUUUUUGAUGGCUGGAGUUUUAUUGAAAGCUAUGAAAAUCAUACUAGUAAAAAAAUAAUGAAUACGCCUUCUAAUGAUAAUUCUCACCACUCGUUGUUUCCGAACCAAAUGAAUUCUUUGGAAGAAUCGACAAAAAAUAGUAAUUCUAGUGAAAAUACCGAUAAUACAUUGGUUUCAGUAAAAGAUAUGCCAACAUUUUCAAAAUCCAAUGAUUUAUCACCUUCUAACCGACAAUCACGAGAUAUUUUUAAUUUGAAUAAUCGCAUACCUGAUUUCAGCGAUGGGUUUGAAUUACCAGUAAUAAAUGAACCACACGAGUAUUUACAAUUUAAAAAGGAUGAUAUCGAACAUCGGGCGGAUGGUUCGAUUUUUGAACAUCUAAAUGAACCUAAAUGUAUUACAACUCUAAAUGAUACAUUAAAUUAUAAGAAUGAUCAGAAUAAACUCGAUUUUAUUGGUCUCCCAAGUUUUAAAGAAAAAGAGCCAUUAGCACCUGUAUCUGCGCCUUCAAAACUUAAUAUUGUUAAACCUACUCUACGAGAUCCUAGUCAAAUGUAUACAGUUAUAAAACAGAAAUUAAAAUAUGAUAAUCCAUGUGUCAACAAUGAUAAUGUAGUAAAUAAUAAAACUGAAAACAAUUUAAAAGAACAUCUAACGAACUCAUUUAACGUAACGGAUUUAAAAUCUAAAUAUAAUAGUGUGCAAUUAAAUCAAUUUGAUGUGUGGUCUGAAAAGUUUGUAUUAAAAGGAAAUUCAAAUAGUUCAUCUUGCGCAGUUGUUCAGUGUGAUGUAGAAAUUACACAAUUCAAAAGUACUCCGGAAAAUCGCAAUUCUUUAUCGAAAUCAAAUAUGAGUGAAAAUUAUCAAGACAAAACUCUGAUAUUGCCAGAAAAUACCAAUUGUAACUUAGCCGCUGAUAAAAUUAAUAUUAUCGAGCAUGAUAAAAUUAACUCGAAUGAUUUUCUCAACUGUUUAGAAAGUACAAAAUCAGAUGACCAAAAAUAUCGAGAUACUUUUGAUGAAUUUGAAACAUCGUUCGGGUUUGACAUACAUUGUAAUACCGAAUCUAAUAAAUCUUUCCAUGAAGAUAUUGUUGAUAAGUGUUUUGAAGAAAGAAUUAAAGAUCAAAUUGGAGAUCGAAAUUUAAAUACAACUGACUCGAUUACUACUUCCAACAGUAAUACAACAUCAUCAAAUAAUACUCCGUUAUCUUUUCAGUGUGAUUUUCAGUCAAGUUAUUUGAUUAAAAAUUAUUUUGAUGAAAAUAAAAAUAAAACAGUCGUUUUAAAUCAAAAACAAACCAAUGACCAUGAUAAACCAGAUACAACUGUUUUUAAAUAUCAUAAUCAAAAUUUACAAGAAUUUGAGUUGCAAAAUAAUGAAAAUAUUCAUUCAGUUAUAAAUUCUGAAAAAAACUCAAAUUUCAACGUAAAUAGCGAUGUUGAAAAAAUCCAAAAUUCCAAUGAAAAUAAUAAUUCAAAUUUUUUAAAUAAAGUCGAGUCCUUUGAGAAUAAACAUGAAAAUACAAAUAAUAUUCGUAAAACAUCAAGUAUAAAAAAAAAUAAUUUUGAUUAUUUAAAUGAAGAAGAUCGUAAUUUAAAGUUUGAUAAUAAUAAAAAAAGUAUUUUUGAAUCUAAAAUUUCUAAAGAAGUUGAAAUUCAUGGUUCUAUUGAAGCUAACAUUACUAGCCAAAUAAAACAGAAUGAUUUGAGUACUCGUAAAUCAUUUCAUAUUCGAAAAAAUUCAAAUGUUGAUUUCGAAUUUAAUAAUAUGGAUGCAAAUAUUUUUGAAUCAAAUCCAAAAUCUACAAGUAUUGUGAGUCCGAUUGGAGCUAAUAAAAUUAAUAAAUUAGAUAGUCACAUGAAUAGUUUUAAGUCAAAAUAUAAUUCUGAUAAUAUAGAAAAAAAUGAGCGCCAUAUUAAUAAAAAAAACAUUUUUGAAUUGGAUAAUAAUAAUAUUGCUACGCAUAAUUUAGAAAAAAUUGAUGAAUUCGAUUUUAAUACAAGAAUUAUUCAAAAUUUAGAAAUUGAAUGCUCUUCUGUUUAUAUUAAUAAACCAACUAGCUCAAAUGAAAUAUUUACUAAUAAAAGUCAAAUAUUAACUAAUGGUGAAUUUGAAAUAAACGAUGUUAAAAACAAGGUAAAAUUAAAAACAAAUUACAAAAACACUCCGAGUAUUCAAGAAAAACUACCAAUUGAAGAAACAUCAGAUUUAAAUUGUAAUGAUGAUACUCAAUGUCAAAAUGUAAUUGAAACAGAAAAUAUUAAUCGUAAAAAUAAAGUGGACCGUAUUUUUGAAAUUGGCUGCAUUGUAAAUAAUUUCCAAGACAAAAUAAACCUUGAAAACCCUAAAACACAUACCGAUUCUAGUAUUCAAAAUCAAAAAUUAGAAAAGUGUAAUUUAAAGAAUUGUAAUACUAGCGAAAAUUCUAAAAGAAGUAAUAAUUCGGAAGUUGAGAAUAUUUUUGAAAAUAUAUGUGAUAAUUUAUCGACUUUGAAUUCAGUAAAAAAUGAUGCUAAUAUUUUGGAAAAUUUCUGUCAAGAUGAUACAAAAUGUGGUGAUGCUUCUAAAUGUCUAGAAAUAACUAAAAAUCUAAGUUUAAAAAAUAAAAACUCGAACGAUGUUGUUGAAAUUUACGAUGAACCAAAUAUAGACGUGUUCCAUGAUGCAUCUGAUGAAACUAACCACGUCUUACUACAAGAAUUUGUAAAUAAUUCAGCUGAUCGUUUGACGACUGUUUCGAUGCCACACAAUGAAUCAAUAAAUUAUGUUAAAAACAAACCAAAGCUUUUAGAAUAUAAUACAAAUGAAAACCUAGCUAUGUCUGUAGAACAAUUUAGCAAAUGCAUUCAAGAAGGUGAAAUAGAGUCUAUUAAUGAAACAAAUAGGCAACCUAUGAAAAACUUGACAGUCAAUAUAGCAAAGAGUGAUGUUACAUUAGCAAUAACUGAACAUUUUAAAUCUGAUUUAAAGAAUGCUAACGAAAAAGAUUAUGCCUCUGAUUUAACAUUAAGACAAAAUUCCAAUGAAAUGCACGACGUUGAUGAUUAUAAUAAUUCUGGACCUUCUUUAAUAAGUCGUGUUGAAAUGACCCACCAUCAAAAUUCAAAUCGAAUAAUUGAAAUUAAAGAUAUUAUGAAUUAUGAACCGAGUUUAAACCACAGCGAAUCAAUAUCCCAACAACGUUCAGUGGAAAUUGUUGAGGCCGUUGAUUUAACUAGUGUUGGAUCUAGUUCAUUGAACCACAACGAACUAAUGACUCAACAACCGAUUGAGACAUCGACAAAUUCAACAAGCCCUAAACUUAAUUCAGUAAACUAUGAUGAAUCAAAACCACAACAGAAUUCAAAUGAAAUUGUUGAGAUUAAAGAUUCAAUUAAUAAUAGAUUUGGUUCAUUAAGUCAUACUCAAUUAAUAAGCAAACAAAAUUCAAAUACAAUCGACGAAGUUGACGAUUCAAUUAAUUGUGAGUAUAGUUUAGUAAGGCAUAACGAAUUAAAAUGCCAACAAUAUUCUGACAAACUGACCGCGGUCGAAGUGUCAAAUAGUUCAUUAAAAUAUGAUAAAUUACAAUGCCACCAAAAUUUAAAUGAUAUUAAAGAAAUUGAAAGUUCAUUUAGUUCGGGGUCUAGUUCAAUAAAUAAAGAUGAAUUAGAAUUACAACAGAAUUCGAAUAAAAUUUAUGAUUCCGAAGAUCUGACUAUAUCUCGGCCCAGUUUAAUAAAUCAAGAUGAUUUAAAAUACUAUCAAAACUUAAAUGAAUUUAAUAAAAAUGAAGAUUCAAUUAGUUCUGGGUUUAAUUUGAUAAAUAAAGAUGAAUUAGAAUUACAAAAUAAUUUAAACACAACUUCCGAGCCUAAACAUUUGAUUAUAUCCAGACCUAGUUCAAUAAAUCAAGAUGAUUUAAAACACCAUCAAAAUUUAAAUGAAUUUAAUGAGAAUGAAGAGUCAAUUAGUUCUGGGCUUAGUUUGAUAAAUCAAGAUGAAUUAGAAUUACAAAAUAAUUUAAACACAACUUCCGAGUCCAAAGAUUUGAUUAUAUCUAGACCUAGUUCAAUAAAUCAAGAUGAAUUAAAAUACUAUCUAAAUUUAAAUGAAAUUAAUGAGAAUGAAAAUUCAUCUAGUUCUGGGUCUAGCUCAAUAAAUCAAAAUGAAUUAGAAUAUCAACGAAAUUCAAUUGAAAUGUACGAGGCUGAAGAUUUGACUAGAUCUAGACCUAGUUCAAUAAAUCAAGAUGAUUUAAAAUACUAUCAAAAUUUAAAUGAAAUCAAUGAUAAUGAAGAUUCAAUUAGUUCUAGGCUUAGUUUGAUAAAUGAAGAUGAAUUAAAAAAGAAUUCAAGUAAAAUUUACAAGCCCAACGAUUUGAUUAGUUCUGUAUCUUAUUCAAUAAAUCAAGAUAAAUUAGAAUGUCAACAGAAUUUAAACGAAGCUGACAACGUUAAAGAUUUGAGUACAUCAAUGUAUAGUUCAUUAAAUCAAGAAUUAGAAAUUCAACAGAAUUCAAAUGUAAUUUAUGAUAACGAAAGUUUGAUUAGAUCUAGACGUAGUUCAUUAAAUCAAGACGAAUUAGAAUUUCAAUAUAAUUCAAAUGAAACUGACAAGGCUGUAGAUUUGACCAUAUCAAGACCUAGUUUAUUAAAUCACGUAGAAUAUGAAAGUCAACACAAUUUGAAUAAAAUUGUUAAAGAUAAAGAUUUAAUUGAUUCUGAUGGAAGUUCACUGAAACACGAUAAAGUGAUAUGCCAAGAAAUGUUUGUAGAACCAUUUAGUUCUAAAAAUUCGAUAGUAUUUGAACCCAAUAUUCAUGAAACAAAUGUUGACACGUGUGUGGAUUCAAAAAGCAUUAUCGAUGACGUUAAAUUACCAAAAGUUAAAUUCAUAUGGAAAUGUCAUAAUAGAAAUAUGAUAAAAACAAAUAUAUUUGAUGAAGAGCCGGUUGUACCUUGUAAAAAAUUGAAAUUAGUAAAAGAUGAAAAACUUAUGACUCAUCAUAUUUUCAAUAAACGAAACACAUGCUACAAACAGUCCACAUCGUGGCGAAAUAUGUAUAAACAAGAAUUGAACUUCGAAUCGAAUGAUAGUAAUCGAAAAGAGAGGAUCGAAAACACGGAUAUCCCACCAACUACUAUUCAUCCGGAAAAUAUUGUACAAAUUGUCCAAACUCCAAAUGAAGGAGAAAAAUACAACAAUAAAUUUGUGUCGUUGCUGGAUCGAAUGUACGACCAUGACGAAGAACGAAAUGAUGAAGUCUUAAAUAAUAUCUCCGUUGGGGUCAGAGGUGAUGUGAUUGAUGUUGAUGAAUUUAACGAAUCUCUCAACACGCCAAUCCCAUCACCAUUUGACGACUUUCAAUCAGAAAACCCAACGCCAGAACACUGCAGCGGCGAAGUGUAUUGGGACAAGUCACUGGAAGACGAGUACAAAAGUGUACUGCAAAAAACAAUUUCAAAACUCGCAAAAGUUCGAAUUAAUGUCAGGGAUAAAUUCAAUAGCCGGUUACUUGCUCGUAAGGUGAUUGAAACGAAAUGGAGAAAACGAGAAUGGCGACAGCAACGGCUAUUAAUGGCUAACAAGACAGCGGUAGUAAUCGUUGGCCAUGUCGAAAACCCUGUCAAGCCCGUUGUUGCGGCAGUUGAAGUAUCGACAAGCCCGAUAUACAAGAUCAAGGUUCAGUUGCCCUGGGGUCGAAUAUUUAACAUGAACGGACCAAAAGGAAGUCGGAAUAAGACCAAGGAUACAAAAAUCGAGCUGGGCCCUGCUAAAGUAGAAGUGAAACUAAGCCGAACACCGAGUGAAUGGCAGGUGGCAGCUUGUCAGCCGAUGACUUCUCCCAAAUCGGUAGUGAUUGUCAGGCGGUUAGUGCUGCAGAGAGCAACUAGUCCUACCACAAACGAUUGCGAUGUCGAUGACCACUACCAUAAUAAUCAUCACGAUGAUGAAGGUCAUGGUACAAACGAUAGUCGUUUGCAUGAACUCUCCAGAAAAUUACCUAAAAUUGUUAUCCGAAGAAACGGUCAGGACAAUAGUUAUACCAGUUAUGUGAGUAGUAGUGGAUUCGAGAGUGGUAAUGUUGACGAAGACGGCGGUAACAGCAACAAAAACAAUAGCAAUAGCGGCAUUCCUCAGUUGAUGGUCCGGUUGGUGCGAGACCGUAAGUUGGAUGCAAUGGCCGUUGAGGGAGUUACUACUCUACACCUUAAACAUCUUGUUCCUACUCGUAUAUCCGAAUCUGAAUUGGAAGCAUCAAUGGAGAUGGACAUGCACUGUGCCAAAAGGGCUCGAUACUCGUAGAUUGCAGUUAAUACCACUAUAACUAUUACUACUAUCAUCAGUGUACACUUCCUUCAGUUACCACCACUGAUUAACAGGAAGAGUUUAUAAAAAACAUGCACUUUUUUAUUUAAACUGGAAGGAUUUGAAUAUUAUGUUACCAAUUAUAAUUAUAACCUUGAAAUCUUUAUCACGA